AUGGAACUUCCAAAUGGUGUUGUGGGAACAUUCCAAGUAUGGGACUAUGUGGUGUUUGCUUGCCUGUUUGCGGUAUCUUCUGGUAUCGGAGUCUUCUUUGCCAUAAAGGAGAGGAAAAAGGUGUCGUUAAAUGCAUUCUUGGCUGGCGGACGGCAGUUGACUUGUGGUCCAGUGGCACUCUCUCUCACAGCCAGCUUCAUGUCAGCAGUGACUGUUAUUGGAACUCCCUCAGAUGUAUACCACUUUGGGGCUACAUUCAUUUUCUUUGGCAUUGCCUACACAUUGAUGGUGAUCUUCACAGCAGAGCUCUAUCUUCCCGUAUUCUAUCGGUCAGGUAUCACCAGCAUAUAUGAGUAUUUUGAGCUACGCUUCUCUAAGAUGGUCCGUAUAGCUGCUACUGCCAUUUACAUAGUGCAAACGAUUUUGUACACAAGUGUAGUGGUGUAUACUCCAGCUUUAGCUCUCAAUCAAGUGACAGGGUUUAAUCUCUGGGGAUCCAUAUUUGCUACUGGAUUUGUCUGCACCUUUUACUGUACAGUGGGAGGACUAAAGGCUGUAGUCUGGUCCGAUGCCUUCCUGAUGGUGGUGAUGGUGACUGGUUUUCUCAUGGUUCUGGUACAGGGCACACAUAAAAAUGGAGGAAUCAGUGCAGUAUGGGAGACAGCACAGGCUGGACAAAGACUAAAUGUGUUUGACUUUGACCCCAGUCCUCUGAGACGUCACACGUUCUGGACAGUCUCUGUUGGGGGCAUGUUCACAUGGCUGGGCAUCUAUGGUGUAAACCAGUCCAUCAUCCAGAAGUGUAUUUCCUGUAAGACAGAGACCCAUGCUCGCUGUGCUCUGUAUCUGAACCUGCUGGGUCUCCUGCUGAUUUUAUUCUGUGCUGUGGCCUCAGGACUCAUCAUGUACGCUUUCUACUCCCAUUGUGACCCCUGGACAGCUGGUUUUGUGACAGCUCCUGACCAGCUCAUGCCAUACUUUGUACUAGAAGUACUGGGCAAAUUUCCAGGUCUGACUGGACUGUUUGUGGCUUGUGUCUUCAGUGGGACCCUCAGCACAGCGGCUACCAGUAUCAAUGCUCUGGCCACAGUGACUUAUGAGGACUUUGUGAGCCAGUGUUUCAGAAACCUCUCCAACAAAAUGGCAAUGUGGCUCAGCCAAGUCCUGUGUGUGAUGUUUGGAGCGAUCUGUACCAGCAUGGCAGUAGCAGCAUCAAAAAUGGGAACAAUUUUGCAGGCCGCCCUCAGUAUCCAUGGCAUGUGUGGAGGGCCGAUGCUUGGUGCCUUCUCUUUAGGAAUUUUAUUCCCUUUCACAAACACUUUGGGAGCUAUAGGAGGUCUGAUACUGGGCACUUCUUUGUCAUUCUGGCUGGGAGUGGGAGCCUUCAUCCACCCUGCUUCCCCCAACAGCACCCGCCCCCUGCAUCUGAGCACAGAGAGCUGUAACCUAUUGAACACCACAGCUACUGCAAUCACUCAGACAGCCAGCUCAGAUACAGAAUCUGUGCCGGCUGAGUCCUGGUACUCCAUUUCCUAUCUCUACUUCAGUGUAGUGGGUUUUCUGGGCACAGUUAUAGGAGGCCUGCUCAUCACACUGAUAACAGGCCCUACUAAGCCACAGGAGGUGCAGCCAAGGCUGAUUCGGCCAGUGUGUGACCUGUUCUGCUUUUGUUCAGAGAAAUACAAGACCAUGUGCUGGUGUGGUGUCAACCAUGCAGAGAGCAACAUGGAAUUGGAUGGCAUGGAUUUUGGAACAGCGUGUGAGAAUCACCUGGAUCAGGAGAUUAAAACUGAGAUAAAUGAAAGCAAUCUGAAUAACAGGAUGCAGGAUGAGACUUACAUUAAUGCAGCUUUUGUCCCAGACAGAGCUGCCAAUGUUCUGUCUACAAACCUAUAA